GACAUGUUUGACGUGAUCCUGGACGAGAACCAGCUGGAGGACGCGUGCGAGCACCUGGCCGAGUACCUGGAGGCGUAUUGGCGAGCCACCCACACCACCAGUACCACCCCCCUGACCCCCCUGCUGGGCAGGAACCUGGGAUCCACCGCCCUGUCCCCGUAUCCCGCCGCCAUCUCGGGACUGCAGGACAUGUUCGACGUGAUCCUGGACGAGAACCAGCUGGAGGACGCGUGCGAGCACCUGGCCGAGUACCUGGAGGCGUAUUGGCGAGCCACCCACACCACCAGUACCACCCCCCUGACCCCCCUGCUGGGCAGGAACCUGGGAUCCACCGCCCUGUCCCCAUAUCCCGCCGCCAUCUCGGGACUGCAGAGCCAGCGCGGGCGGCGCGGCCCCCCGGCCCCGGACGGCUCUCCCGCCGAACGCCUCGGCCCCCCGGACGAGAACUACCACAGCGACAGGGCUCGCAAGAGCAGGAACCGCCUGUCUUCCAGCUCCCAGCACAGCCGAGACCACUACCCCCUCGUGGAGGAGGAAUUCUCCGACUCGUACCAGGACUCCUACAAACCCCACAGGACCCGGGGGUCCCCCGGCGGGCACAGCCACGACUCCCGGCACCGGCUGUGAGCCGCCACCAGGAUCCCUCCCCGGGAGAACCUCCCACCCCCGUAGCUUAGGAACGAGAUCCGAGUCAUCUCCGUGCGGCAGGGGUGACACCCGACAGCUCCGGGUGCGCGCUCUGCUCUCAUUGAUGUUAAUUAGGGGCGACGAAACCCCACCCGGCCCUUCCGUUUCUCUGCCCGUUCAUGGGGGUUGUUUUGGGGGGUUGGUUUUGGUUUUAGUACAUUUGAUGCAUUUAUAGCCGUUUUUUUUUUUUUUCUUGUCCUUAGGUAUUAGACAGGUCCGUUUGUAAUUUCGGGUACCUAUCGAGGCACUUAUAAAACGAUUUCCUCUGCUGGAAAUUCCAAAUGACCAGUUCCAGUUGGAACCAAUUUAUAAACCAAUUCCUGUUGGAAUUUGGGUGAAUUGACUGGAAAGUCGCCGUGAGCAUGUUGCAAACAGUUGGGAAAAAAAAAAAACCAACAACCAACCAAACACAAACGUACAAAGAAAAAUCUGACAAUUAAAAAAAUCACUGGAAGCCACAAAGUCAGCUCCGGUGUUUGUUUGCUGGAAUUUCCACUUCCAGUUAGAAUAAAAGGAUUUCUAUCCUGCUGAUUUAUUUCCAGAAUGGCUUUUUCACACAAACCAAAUGUAAACUCUCCAGAGUGCCAAAUAUCACAAAUUAUUGCAGCAGUGACAAAACACUUUCCAGUUCGACGUUAUUUUUAGACCUGGCACGAAUGUUGCAGCCAAAUUCUUGAUUUUAGCAAGUCCUGAUGGCUUUGUCAGGACCAGCAGGGAGGAAGUGAGACAGGAGAAGCGAAAUAGGAACAGGAAAAGGAACAAACUCCAUAGUUUGUGUGGUUGGAAGUUGGGAAUAGCUUUUUUAUCCUCUCAUUUACCUGAGUACAGCUCCAAGUCCCCAGAUGGGACAGGAGUGUGGAGACAUCAGAUUUUUCUCCCGUUUUGCUCCUGCCUUUUAAGUGGGAAACACUCCCCUCCCCUCGCCCAGUGUGUGGAGUACCUACAUUCCAGUACACCCAUGUUCCCUCUUCCCAAAUCCGCCUCUGAAUGUCUGAAAUUCCAGCGUCGCACAAGAACUCUCCGGAAGAUCAGGUUCCAUUCCCCUCAUGAAAUCCAGGGCAAGGGAGUGGGGUUAACCAGUCACCACAGACUGACCAGAACUGCAAUAAAAAAGGGAAUAUCCAGACAGAAAUCUGCUCCCAGGGAGGUCCUAGGGCUGAUUGAAAGCCUUGGAUCCCAUGAGAAAUCCUUGGAGAUAUAUCGCUGCCUUACUUCCUACCAGUCAUUUAUUCCACCUCCUGAGUGCUGAGUUCCUUUAAACAGGUGAAUUUCUGGGAUUGGACCUUGUGUCUUACACGAGCAGUGAAGCCUUAGAUCCAGUGGGAUUGAAAACUGACCCCACCUGACCAUUUUGUACAACCAGAGCCUCCCGAAAUCCCCCACCUCGUGCAUGCCCUAAAAUUGACACAGUUGUGCUGAACUUGCAUUUUUCAUGCAGGUUCUUGGCAAAACUGCUCAUUUUUUUCAAGAGUGACCAUCUUUAACUUUUCUAUUUGCUUGUUUUCCUCCCAGAGCCUGCUGAAGUCAGGCUUUGACAGCAUGUAGCACUAAAGGAAUUUCGGGAAUAUUAUGGUUUCUUCUUUCGGGACCAGCUGGCAAAGCCCACUGGUGUUUCCUUCGUCCUGGAGUCUCAUUAUCUUCUCGAGGUUAACGAGAGCAGUCAUUAAUCUCCCUUGGGGGACACCCCACACUGACACGUCUCCAGCAGCACUGAAAGGUGGCAGAUGACGAUUAAUUAUUUGUAAUAACUCCACUGUCCAACAGGCAGCUCCAGCCCCGCUGGGUGAUCCCAGUGAGCCCGUUCCCAAGAUAAAAGUGGGAAUGUCUGCAUCCACUGGAGUCACAGAGCGGGGAAGGACCUGCCAGCCCCGGUGCUGCCCGAUUUCCUCCGCCUGAAGAUGCCUGAGGAGCUGAGGAAACACGGCAGGAUCCGGCCUGGGAGCUGCAGCUGCCCGCUCCAGCACUCCCUGCUCCAGCAUUCCCUGCUCCAGGAACUGCCCAGCCCUUUUCCCAUGUACAGCUCAGCACCUGCAUGAGAAAGGAGGCCUUAGGAGAACAUU